AUGAAGCCCAGAUUGCUGUUGCUCGCUGUGGCGCUUUUGGCUGCGGUGGGCUCUGUUCGUGCGGAUCUCGAAAUUACUUUCACGGCAGCCACUGGCAAUUCCAUCACGCUCAAUUGGGCUGCGUAUAGCAGCUUUGCUUCACCUAUGGAAUAUCGUGUCACUCGCACUCCUGGUUCUGCCACGCCUGUGUACACUGGCACUGCCCUGACAUUCGCUGACAGUAGCCUGACCAAAAACACUGCCUACACCUACACUGUUUCCGUCUACUCUAACUCUGGAGUUGGCGGAACUCUCGUUGGAUCGGCUGGGGCCCAAAACUCCCAAACGACCGCAAACGAUGUGACUCUGAAUGCUGACAGCAUCUUGAUGUACGCCACAUCAAAUGUGAAUGAACACGCUCUCUCCUGGCCGAGUUUGGUCGCCAAUACCGGUGCGUCAACCGCUGGACCACCCGCUACCAUCACCUACACCGUUGAGUACAAGAAGGUGGCCAGCGGCAGCUACAUCGGCUGGACGGGCUACUCUAGCGGCACAUCGGCUCCUGCGCUUGUGCUCGCACCUGGCACGAACUACAAUGUCAGGAUCACUGUUUCUAGCGGAAUUCUUGGUACCGCUAGUGUUAAUCAAGUCUUCACGGGCAGAACGUACUCUGUCGCCCCUGUUAUCGGCACUGCCCUUGCUGCCGGCACCAUCACUGCCACUCAAGUCCCUCUCAGUUGGACGGUUACCAGCAGCGGUCAGGAGUCCAACUUGGCGUUGGCUCAAGUUCUGUCACGUAACGGAGUCGAUUUAACGACACUGCCGGCUGGUACUGGAUCCUACACUGGCUCACUCCCGCAACCGUUUUCUUUUACUGAUUCGGGCUUGUUACCAUACACCUCGUACACGUACACUGUCCGAGCGACCACCGUUGCCGGCAAUUCCACGAGCUCUCCCGUCAGUGCACUCAGUGUGACCACGGCCUCUGCUCCUCCCACUGUCGCUUUCUUGACCACCGCACCGUACAUCACCCAGAAUUCUGUCACUGUCGGUUGGAGUUUGACUACUCUGAACGGACCCACGCCAAUCACUUUUGUUCUGAAGCGUGGGUCAACUACACUGACACUUCCAGGGGGAACAAGCUCCACUUCGGCGACCGGCCAAUUUUUCUUUACCGACGAUCUGGAUUUGGAUCCGUGCACCGCUUACUCGUACACUCUAACUGCGACUACUAGUGACAGCAAAUCCUUCACCACGCCCGCUAAAAGCUUCACCACCCUCGCUGACAAGGCAGUGCUUUCACCGACCGUUACCUCGCUUAGUUACACCUACAAUGCGUUCAGUUUUUCGUGGACCAACUCAGCACUGAGCCCUUGCGCUGGUUCAGUCGGAACUAGUGGCUAUCAACUGAGUCUUUCAGUUAACUCGGGUGCUGCAACCCUGGUCAGUCCGACCACGACAACAUCCUAUUCCCUGAGCUCUGGUGUGCUUCCGAGCGCGACGUACGCCUUCUCUCUGGUUUUCACCAACGCACAAGGCAAUGCUUCGGAUCCUGUGUACUUGACCACGUUCACCACCUUUGCCGACAAUCCGACCGUUACUGCGCUCGGCGUGACCGCAAACUCGUCGAACUCUCUCACGUUCCAAUGGACUGGUACAGCUAAUGGCGGUGGUCCUCUCUUCUAUAAGGUGGACCGAACUUCACCCUCGGUGCUGUCGAUCAAGAACUUUGCUGACAGUCUCACUUCGGCCACGGACAAUACUGGCUUGCUGCCCUUCACUGAUUACACGUACAGUGUGCAGGCAAGAAACAGCCAAACACCAACAGCCAACUUGUCCACUGUUGCCACUGCGACCUUCAAAACUGCCGCGUCUCAGGCCACCUUCUCCAGUUCUACUGUGUCGUCAACUCCGGCCGCCAAUUCCAUCCUGUUCUCUUGGACGGCAGCGACAUGGAACAGCUUGACUGGUGACUACUAUUGGACGAUCAGCGGAACUCCAGCUCCUUCCCCAAGCUCAGGUGUCGUCACCACGAACAGUGUGACUGUCUCCAACCUUCGCGCCUAUAACCAGUACACUUUCACUGUUUACGCCCGAAGCGGUAGCGGGAAUACGUAUGAUUCUGCUGUUCUGACCGCCUCCAACAUCCAGACGCUUGCUGCCGCACCGACAAUCGUGGCAGGCCAAUUCACAUCAACGGGACAGACGUACAACUCUGUUUCACUGGAAUGGAAUGGCGUUCUUACGCUCAUCAACGGCCCCACUACCAAUUCUGCCACGCAAUGGCUGGUUGAACGCCGUCUCAACAACCCUCAAGGGUCUUUUGUGUCUGUCGGGACGUUCGCCGCUGCGACUUUGUCCACGACCGACAACGAUGCAUCGUUGGCGCCUUACACGGUUUACGAUUACCGUUUGACUGUGCGCAAUGACCAGUACUCUACCACCGCCAUCCUUUCCUCAAUCCGAACCGCCGCUGCCCCGCCAACUAUUGACCCCAGUCAGAUCGUGCCUGCAUUUGUUUCGAAUGGACCAACCAGCUAUGCUGUGACGUUUAAUUUGACUGGCGCGUACUAUCGCGGCACUCCGGCCUCAGCCAGUGUGACAUUUUUGCUGCGAUACAAGCUGACUAGUUCUGGCAGUUUCACCUCGGCCCCGACAUUUACAUCUGACACCACCACGGUCACUAUGCAAGCGAGCCAAGUCUACGAUUUGGAGUGGACAAUCACAAACGCUGGUCCUUUGUCCUCGACUCCCUCGACUGGCUCCGUCAGUGUGCCUGCUCUCGCGCCGUACUUCAACGCACCGUCCAUUACGACCUCUGAUGUCACGACGACCACCGCAGACAUUUCUUGGCCUGCACCUACGACCAAGAACGGUGGUGACCCCAUUGUGUAUUGGGUUCAGUACACAGCUGGGCAACCCAACCCUGGCUCUCAAACCAUCCAAACCUUCAGCAGCACUCUCCUCGCCACGAGCACUACUGUCUCUGGGCUCUACCCAGGCGUCAUUUACACUUGGACAGUUUUGGCCAAGAAUGCAAACUCUGGUUUCUCCUCGCCGUUCUCUUCUGUCUCAUCUUUGCGUCAAGACCCCGCGGACCCCAUUUGGCAAACCGCUCCCACUCUGUCUGCCUCAGGACAGACCACAAGCGCGUUCGUGUUUAAUUGGGCGGCUCCUGUUUAUGCUCAAGACAAUCCAAGCAACCUGAAGUAUCGAGUUGUGGCCACUCAAAUCACCGCAAGCCCAGCGUUCCCCGAUCCGACCCUUUUCUCCCAAACCGUGUCCAUCAAUUCGGCCGCCGUGACAGUCGCCGCAGCGUCGAAUACUGGUUAUGAACCCUAUGUGCAGUACAAUGUGACUGUGCACGUUAAAAGCUCUACCAACAACUUUGUUCCGAGCAACACGUUCCUGACCGUGACAACCGCUGGUUCUAAACCUAGCUGGGGUGCCUUGACUCAGUCGUCCCUUACGGGCGAUCGUGCGUCCCGCCAAAUCACUCUCGAAUGGCCGGAUGUUCCGUACCCUCAAGACGCGUCCGCUGUGACUUACUCGGUUAGUCGCGGUGGCACUCCAAUUGUUUCCGGUCUCACAACCUCGAGUUACGUAGACACUGGUUUGACGCCAUUCACGGAUUAUGCGUACAUCAUCACUGCCGUCAAUUCUAAGGGAUCGACUGCACUCGGCGCUGCAGUUACUUUCAAAACCACUGAAGCAACUCCUCUUUUUGCUGGCUCUGAAACGUUGACCAUGACCCCCAACGCGAAUGGCGCGAGUAUCACCUAUGCUGCGCCAAACUUCCCAUACGGAACACUGGCGGGCUACACUGUUUCGGUUGUUGACACUAGUUUUACCGACUCGCAUGCGACACCCACUCAGAGCUCGAACAGCGCCGCCAACGUGUUUACCCGAACGAUUACUUCGCUCUUCCCAUUCCGCACGUACGCCGUCACUGUUCAAGCGACGAACGGUGCUGGUACUUCGCCGCCGAGCGACUCGCGCACCGGCACUUUCACGACCUCCCCGAGCGCCCCCAUCCUGGACGAAAGUCUGCUCGAUGCGCAAGUUACAUCCAACACGUCAAUUACUGUCAGCUGGAAGGGCCCUCAGCCUUGGGAGCGAAACAGCGUUCUGAGCACUUACCGUGUCGAGUGUUACAUGCAAGAAGAGGAUGGUGCUUGGACCUUUGUCAACGCUCCGCCCCGAACCCCUUUGCCUGCCGACAACGCCGCCUACAACACGGCCACGCAGCAAUCCUAUCAGGAGGUGUUCCUUGGAUUGCUCCCUUACAGGAACUACACCUUCAAUGUCUUUGUGAUUGGAAGCUCGUUGACUUCGUCUGCCAUCCAGGUGCUGGCCCGCACUUUGCCCGGCCUUCCCCCGACCCCGUUGCAAGCCACGGUUAUCCCGAUCUCGGACACCCAGGCGCGCGUUUCCUGGCCCGCUGUGGACGACAUCAAUGGCCCCAUCGUCUCGUACGUCGUCGAAGGCCAGCGCCUUCUUUCUGGCUACAAUGAGACGUGGCCCGUGCCUGUCGUUUACGCCGAGCUGACGAACGGCCGCAACGUGACCACAGUCUCUGGCCUCGCUGCUGAAUCCAAGUACCGCUUCCGCGUUCGCACCUUCACUGCUGCUGGCUUUAGCCUGGGUCCCUUUGGCACGUCCGCCACGACGCUGGAAGCUGCUGGCGGCUCGCAGGGCUGGGUUGUCGCCGUCGUCCUGAUUCCGCUCAUUCUGAUUGCACUGGUUGUUCUCUUGCUCGUCCGCCGGCGCUCACAACGCACAGUCAAGCGACCGAAGGAUUCUACCGGUCCCGUUUAUCAGGAGGCUGUUGAAAUGAAAAUCUCUCCAUUGAACCAUUCGACGGGAUCUCACAAAGAGGAGGACAUUGAAGCUUACGCCGCCGUCGGGCAAAAGCAGCCAGAUCCGUUGUACCAAGCUCUCUCGACUGAUGCUGCAGAGGUGGUCUACGAUUAUGCAAGCGCGUAUGUUGCCGGCAGCAAUUCUCGUCGUGUUCGUGAAGGCUUGACGAUUGUCAAGUACCUUGCCAGUGGUAACUUUGGCGAUGUCGCACUGGGUCGAGUGCCGUUCAACAUGUUGCCCCCGCGAGCACAGGCCUUGCUCGGAUCUACGACGCCCGAGAUCGUGCAGGUUGCAGUCAAGUCUGUCAAGUCUGAUGCAGAUGAGAAAUCUCGUCAAGACUUUGAAAGCGAGGCAAAGCUGAUGGCGCCGUUUGUGCAUACGAACGUCGUGCGCCUGCUCGCGGCUCUUGUAGAGUCAGAGCCCCAUCUCGUUCUGCUCGAGUUUGUGCAGUACGGUGAUUUGCACACUCUUCUGAAAAAGUCCAAAAAGCAGUCGUUUUGGUGGACGCAGAAUGAGCAGAUCCAUGCCAUUCGUCAGAUUGCGCUGGGCAUGGAGUAUCUGGGCACGCUGCACUUUGUGCAUCGUGAUCUUGCCGCGCGCAACUGUCUUGUGGGGCAAGGGAUGGUGGUCAAGAUUGCCGACUUCGGGCUCUCUCGACAGCUGGCCGAUGAGAACGAUUACUAUCGCAUGCAAACGCGUGGCAAACUUCCCGUGAAGUGGAUGGCGCCGGAAACAAUGACCUUCCGCAAGUUCUCGACCAUGUCCGACGUGUGGUCGUUCGGCGUCGCCGCGCGGCUGGGGCAGGCUGGCUUCAAGUGCGGAAAGUCGACUGUCAGUGACUGGGCUCAACUCCACGCGGGCCACCGCGAACUGAUUCAGUCUGGAACGCUGGAUGAAGUGAUCGAGCUGGCGCGGUCCACCCGCACGAAAGGCCGACCACCCAUCUUUACCGAUCACGAAGUUGAUGCAAUUAUCAAUUUAUUGGAAGCGUUUGCUCGCGCGUCAUGCUGUCUGACGAAAGCGCAGGCCGCCAAGUACUUGAAACCGUGUUCUGAAACAACUUCUUUCGACGGCUCACCAAGGCGGGCGUUUGUCCAAGACACGCCUAGCCGGUCCUGGUGGGCCACCUUUUUGAAGCGAGCGAAGGGACGCGUCAGGCUUCGAAAGGGCCGUGUGCUGGAAGUGUGCCGGGCUGCAGCGCUGACACCCGACAAUCUCGGGACUCUCCCGACUCAACUCAAACAGGCCUACGAUCAACAUCCUCUCCUUACCGUCGAGCCGAGCCGCGUCAGCAACUUUGACGAGAGCGAGAUUUCUUCUCGCGUCAAGGGAUCGACUGUAUUAGGGGCAUCGUGGGGUCGUGUCGCGCUCGUUGGCGGUGGGCACAACAACAGCCUCGGACGGCACAUCACCGGCGUCUUCUUGGUGUGUGCCGAUGGAACUGCGCCGCUCCCUCCCAUGCUGAUUUUUACGAAGGGUACGAACGUCGCGACGGUUUGCCAACACGUUCCCAUUGACGCCUGCUCUACCGCAACGACCGAGAAGGGGUACAUGACCUCAGACUUGUUCAAAACUUAUCUGCGCGAGUGGCGAAGCUGCAUGCGAGAAAGACACCCGUCAGGCCCGCUGCUUUUGAUCAUGGAUGGCUCAUCCACGCACAGCCUCGAGCACGAUUUGGUGGCCGAGUUUUUCUACGAUCAAAUUCAGAUUCUUGUCUUGCCCGCGCACACGAGCACUGAGACUCAGCCACUCGAUCGCACUGUGUUUGGCUACUUCAAGCGUCAGUUACAAGCAGAGUAUGCGAGCGCGAUUGCAGCUGGCGUCUUUGCCUCGGACGACCAAAUGCGAGUGCAUUGCGCUCUGAAUGCGUGGUACAAGAUUUCGCAAAAUACAGCCGUCAUCACUGCUGGAUUUAAAAAGACUGGAAUCUGGCCUUUGGACAAGAAUGCAUACUGCGAGUGGGUGGUGAGCCCGGACCAUGCGAGCAGAACUGAAUCACUCAUAGGAAAAGAGGCCUUGGCUGCGCCCGUCCAGCCAGUUUCUGCAACGCCCACAGACACGGCGAGCGUCCCCAAUCUCCUGUCGACUCCAACGCUGCCCGUCGUCGAGAGUGCCGAGAUAUCCCACCCCACACCGCCUUUGCCCUCGGUGGAGAGCGGGUAUGCCAGCGUCCCAGACCCUGCUCCCUCGCUUUCGCCGGUGCGUUUGAUAUUCAAGAAGGCUCGCCUAAUCCUCGAUGAUGCCGAUGUUGAACUUGCAGCUGGUCCCAGUUCCGAGGCGCUAGAACGAGAUGCACUCAGUCACGUUGGCAAACUUCGCGAGUUGCUGAGCGUCCCCAUCACCGUCGAUGAUAUCGUGCAGCGUGCUUCCUAUUCCCUCGCAAUUCAAACCAGCACUACCUACAAGCACAAGCAUACGAAAGGCGCGUAUCUGGCGAUUACCGAGGAGGCAAUGCAGCGGGCGAACGCAAAAAAACUGCAAGAACAAACGAAGAUUGCGCAGGAGAUGACUCGAUUGAUGAACCGGUCACGUACCAUGGCUGCCGAGGCCGCCGCCGAGCACGCAAAAUUUGCUCUGACACGGAGAAUCAGUGCACUGCAGACUGAACUCGCCGCCGCCGCCGAGUUGCAAGACCCUUUGCGCGAAGCAGAGCUCGCCCAAGCUCGCAACGAGCUGGCCGCACUUCAAGCUUCAACUCCGAAACGUACUCGAGCCCCUGUUGCUCGUACUCAAACUCCCGCUCGUGCCCGACAGAUUGCUUUGCGUCAAUCAGAGCAAGUUUUGUCGCAGGCUGCAGAGCCUGUUGCUGCAAAUCCGACUGAGAGCCUGCCCUCGCCGUCGCUCCCCAUCCUGACGACCCAGCAAACGAUCGCAAUCACACCAGCAAAACGAACAUUCUCUGAAAGGUCCGACAGCGACGGUUCAUACGACGGAGUGCAGUUUACCGAUGAACUAGUGGCCCGCAUGCGCCAAAGUCGCCUCCCAACGCGCAGUUCCGCUACUCAACUAGCCUCUAAUGCUGCCCCGACGCCUGAGCACCUUGACAAGCGUCCUCGUGUUGAAGAUCCACCAUCUCUUGUGAUUCGCCUGAGCAAACAAGCAACAAAUGCUCACCGACGGCCGUUCGUCGCACUAAAUCUCGAAGAGCGAUUAGCAGCCGGACGGGAGCUCACGAUGGAUUGGCUGCAAAAGUGGUGUUCGAGCGUAUCCUCCAUUCCCACGCUCGUGUCGACCGCACCUCCGCGCCCGCUUGGUCACGAUAACACCUAUCGGGGGCAAGGCGCGAGCGGAAGCUUGCACACAGGCCGUAGGAGGCGCCAUCCGGAUUUAGAGACCGUCACUCUAACAGCCUGGGAGUGCUGUAGCUACGGCGCAACGCCGUACGGCAAGAUGGAUGGGCGUGAGACUCUGGCUUAUUUGGAAGGAGGCGGUCGGCUGCCCACGCCAGAGCACUGCACAUCUGACCUAUUUAGCCUCAUGUUCAGUUGCUGGAACAUUCUCCCAGAGCUGCGACCAAGCUUUACGCAGCUCAUCAAAGGUCUGCGAAACUUUGAAGACGGCACGACAAGUCGCGAAAUUGGUGCAAUGUUGUAACAGCGGGGUUGUUUUUCCCGAGACCUGAUUCCGUUUGUCAAACCGUCGAAAGCUGUAUAAGAAUUGCAAAGAAAAAAGAACGUAGGAUAUGAG